AUGGCGUCCCUCUCCUCUGUAUCUUCUCCUCCAUCGCGUUCUCCCGCAGGGCAGCUGCUCUGUUGCUCCUCCUCCCUCUCUCCUCCUCUUCCUCAUCACUCAUCGCCGGUUCUCUUCUCCAGAUGGCUGCUGCCAGCGAGCCAGAAGUCCUUGGUCGCUGGCUGCCGGGGGCGGCGGCGGCGGCGGCGGCGGCGCUCCGUUGCACCGGUGGCGGCAGCGUUUCUGCUCUUCGAUGGCGGUGGCGGUCCAGUGAGGUUCGCGUUGGACACUCAGACGAUCAUUGUGUCCGCUAGUGUGCUGGCGGCCGUGUCUCUUUCUCUUCUCCUCGGCCUGAAGGUAAUUUUGCGUGGCCUUCCCUGACCCCUCCUCCCAUCCUCUGACGAUUUUGUUCCAGCUUGUUGUGAUUUAUUCAUUUUUGUAUGAUAUUAGGGUUAGAGUUGUGAUUUCGGGGCGAGAUUGACGAGGGGUGGUGGUGUUGAUGCUGGAUUUUGCAGGGGGAGCCCGUUCCUUGCGACCGGUGCGCAGGAAACGGUGAGGAUUUUCCACUCAUUUUAUCUAGUGAUUACUCACACAGAAAUCCUUAUUUAUUUUCUUUUUUUCUUUCUUUUUUUUUUACACUUGGAUCGAGUUUAUUGUGGAACUUUGGGGGGUCAUUUUAUCUAGUGCUGGAGUUGCUCCUUCUCUUUCAAUGUGCUUCUUCUCUACAGAUCAAAUCAUCUUUCUUCCUCCACCUAUUUGACACCAUGAAUACUCUCUUUGGUGAUUGCCACGAAUCUUCCCUGGUUUCGUUGAUUGCAUAAUAUUUUGAUUCGCAUAAUGUUCUCUGUGCCGUCAUUCUGUCUGGGCAUCUUCAAUUCGUCACUCAGUGAGGCAGAAAAUCGCAAUGAUUCUUGUUUCCCUAGUGUGUCUAAUGCCAUUUUGUGCCCUAACAAGACGGUCGAUCGUUUAAACAUCCCGUUAGUCCUUCCAAAGCGGUUUGUCUACUUGCUUGAAUAUGAAUAAAAAGAUUUUCAUCCCAAUCGCCAGUAAGUUCUCUUCAAUCGCCAUAUCCAUUGCUUCCAAAUCGUUGAGGAAGAGGAGGGCCUUUUAUCGUGCUCAUACUCUCCCCUAGUUGGAUGAACCCCCAGGCUGAUCUAGCUCAACCCUCUGGUUUUGAUCUCCAUGACAGGUGGGACGAAGUGUAUUUUCUGUGUUGAUGGCAAGAUGAAGAUGGAAACAGGAUUGGUCGAUUGUCGGGUAUGCAAAGGCUCAGGUAUUCUCCUCACUCCUAUAAAUAUUGAGAGCCAUUCGAUUCAACUUCUAUAGUUAUACAUGGAAAAUGCUUGUUCAUGUCAAACUGAGCCGACCAUCAUCAAUAAAACUUUUUUUUUGGGGGGGUUUAAUAAUGCCAAAUGCAGUAGUUGUGUGAAAUCGAAUUCAUCUUCUGAUUCGCAGGUUUGAAUUUAUUAGGGAAUUUAUUUUGUAAAGUGUUAUUGCUUAUUAUGUGAUAUCCAUGAUAGUUGACCUCAUCUGUUUGAUUUAUUUCCAUUGACCGAUGCCCGGUUAAUGGAUCAUUUAAAGGUGCAGAUUAUUUGAGCCAACUGAUCAUAUCUGCGUCAUAAUCAUCAGUAUUUGAUCUGAUUUGGUCAUCAGAAUCUGCUCCAUAUGAACUAGAACUCCCAUGCACGAACAUAAGCUCUACUCUGCUGCAUAUCUGACAGAUUCUGAUGCUCUGCUCGUGUUCCUCACUUCCCAGGUAUGAUUCUCUGCAAGAAGUGUGGGGGCUCAGGAUACUCGAGGCGCUUGUGA